UUUCUGCUGAACACCACAAAUUGUUUUCAAGAAGCGCAUUGUCCAAUCAGAUCUCCGGAUUUAUUCAGUUCUUUAAAGAUCCAGCAUGGCUUCCGGUGGUAGUUUUGCCCAAAACCAACUCCUUAAACAUGGCUGGACCGAAGGUCAAGGUUUAGGAAAAGAUGAGACUGGAAUUAAAGAAGCCAUCAAAGUGAAGCUCAAGAAAGAUACAUGUGGGGUGGGCCAUAACUUAGGUGAUGAGUUUAGCUUCCACUGGUGGGAUCAUGUCUUCAAUAAGGCUGCUAGCAACAUCAAUGUCAAAACUACAGAGGAUGGUGUUGUAGUGACGAAGAAGGGAGAAUCUAACACAGUCAGCAGUAAGAAGCCAACAAAAGCCAUGAUGAAUAAAGAUCUCCUCUAUGGAAGAUUUGUGAAAUCAACAACUAAGAUGGAAGAUGGUGUUGAGGUAAAGGAAAAGAAGAUAAAGAUUAAGAAGGAUUCUGAUGAUGAUAGUGAUAGCGAUACUGAUAGUGAUGACAAUGAUAAUGAUGAUGUACUUGAUAAAACUAGCAAGCUGACUGAUGAGCAACUGUUCAAGAAAUGUGGAGGUUUAACUGCAAAUAAAGCUGCUCGUCAUGGGUUGGGUCUAAAUGGCAAACUUGCGAGAAUGGAACAGGCAGAUAAGCUUUACAAGGAGCAGAAACUAAAGAAACAGGAGAACUCUGGUGAAUCUACAACAGAUGAAUCAGAAUCUCAGGGUAUUAAAAAGAAGUCAAAAAAGAAAAAGAAGUCGAAAGAUAGGGAAGAUGUUCAGACUGAUGGUACACAUCAAGUGAAAACAAUUGAAGAAAAUGUUCUCAUUGAAACUGUAGGUGCAACUGAAGAUAAGAAAUUAAAAAAGAAAAAAUCCAAGAAAAGAAAACAUGAAAGUAUAGAAAAUACAAAUGACAAAAUUGAACAUAUUGAAAAUGAAGCUACAAAUGAAAAAUCUAAUAAAAAACAGAAAAAGAAAAGCAAAAAGGACAAUGAUGGUGAGAGCAUGAAUAAUGAAAUUAAAAAAAAUGUUGUAGAGAAACCUUUAAAAAAUAAGAAAAAAUCGAAAAAGGUUAAAACAAAAGAAGAUAAGAUAAAGUCUUCUAUUGAAGAUGAUGAUUUAAAUAUAAGCACCAAGAAAAAGAAAUCAAAAAAGUCAAAGAAAUCAAAAACUUGACAAUUUAAGUUUCUGUAAAGACAAAACUUAUCACUUACUUUAGAACACCAGGAUAUUGUAAUUAUUCAACAGUACACACAUCAUGUGUGUACACAUGUCCUUUUAAUAGGAUUUGUGAAGUUUCAAUUAUAACAUUUACAUUGAAAUUGCUGGACAUCUCACAAUCCCAGAAUGCACUAUAAGUUGGUGUUGGGUACCAGAAUAAUACCAAACUCAUUAUGACAGGUAUCAUAUUAUUUAUGAAAUAUGAAUGGAAAUAUGUAAUGAAAUACUAUAAUAAAGAACUUGUUUAUUAUUAUUUUGUACGUAAAUUAUUAUGAAUUUUGAUUGAAUC